AUGAGCGUUGUCUUUGCCGUCUCAUCAGCCUUGAUCACUCGAGAUCUAGACCCUAACUCCUCCAUCAUCUCAAGGCGUUGUGUGGAAGAUGUGCUCAUGAUAUCGCAAAGAACUCCCUCGGCCGGCGACCCGAUAGAUGCGACAAAAUGGACGUGUACGGCGCUAUGUGCACUUGCUCUCUGUGAGCUGAUCAGUCCAACCUCCGGUCAAUUGUGGGAUCUGCUCGGAAGGGCCAUGUCGAUGCUGGAUGACCUCUGUGCGGAGUAUCAUCUAGUACACAGGGACUUGGACGAUGACUAUCGACGAAUAGAGCGUUCGCUUCUCAAGCUAGAGUGCUCUACCGCCAUGCAUUUCAGGCGCCCUUCUCCCUUUUGUGCGAUGCGGCUGAGUGUCUCCUCUGACAAACCCUCCGUAUCCACCGACUUGCCCGACGAGCUCAAAGUAAUGAGCCAUUUGUUCGACAUAGCCGAAAGGUUCACGACCUUGCCUCGUCCGUCAGACAGCCUCAUGGAGAGUCUCAUUCCUUUGCAGAUGCAGCUGGCUUCGACAGACUCACAUGUCAGCAUACAAUCAGCGACGCUUUACACUGCUUUACAUCCCUUGUUGACCGAUUGGGACAUGGCCACGAAGGGGAUGCUUGAUAGCCAUUCGAAAAGGCUACGCCUCGUUAUCGCACAUUCUGCGUCUACUGUUAUCAAUCACUUUGCUCGGCUUGACGGAGAGAAGAGAAUCAUAAGUCUAUGGAUGGCAGCUGACAAGGUCCUUGAAGCUGGAUUGGUCUGGGCGACCUAUCUGAUGCACCGCCGCACCGCACCAACAGAAUAUGAACCAUCCGCACCGAUGGGACCGCUCGUGGCCAUGAGCCCGAUCCUGAAAGUUUCUGCCCUGUUGGCAUCAUUCUCGGCACGCUGGGAAAGCGGGAUUGCACAUGCCCAAGCCUGGGAGUCCCUUGUUGAGCUGCUCUGGAAUGUGGUCUGA